CUCUAAUAAAGUAAUAAAUUUUAUAUUUAUUACAUUUACUUACUUUAUCUAUUAAUCUGUGUUUUAUUAUAUAUUAGUUGUCGACGGGUUAAAUUGUAGAAGUUAUUUAUAUUACCAACAAAUACCUCGAUUGUAAUAUGUCAACAGAGAAGCUUGUAUAUAAAAUACAAAGAGACGAUGAUGAUUCAGAUUCGUUAAGUUUCACAUGUUUCCAAAUAGGUCCUGAAGUGGAACUCAAAGAAGUCCCUACCAAUGGCGAGGAAUACCUUCUGAAAGUUAAGAAGGAGCGAGAAAAAUAUUCAGCUGUUUCAAAAUGUAAUAAAGACUAUUCUAAGUUUGCACGCAACCAAUCUCAGUUUGUGGAAGAGUUACCCCAUGCUAAAGCACCAGAUAAUCUGAAACCUACAAUAGAGUGGCAAAACAUUCAAGUUGCAGACUUUUCUGAAGUUCGUAUGUACAUAUCAAGACUUUUGAGCAAAAAGUCCAACUGGCCGCCAAACAUGAAGAAACUAGAUACCUAUUUUAAUGACAAAAGAAAUAGUACUGCAUUAUGGUUAAACUUGUUUGAGACAGAAGAUUCAACAUUGUCACUUGCAAUAAGUAUACCUCAAGCCUUUACAGAUAGAGGGUUGCAAGUACUUACAAAUAUGCUGGAUAGGGUCAAACCAGGAGAAACAAUAAAUGAUAGAAUAGGUCGAUGGAUUUAUGCAUUACUUGCAUGCAUUAGACAGCCUCUCCUCUCAGAUACAAUAAGCAUAUUAAGAGAUCUAGCCAGGAAAUGUGCAGAGAUAAGGUCACAUUUAAGUACAGAAGGCGAGACUUCAAAUUUUGCUGCCGCCCCUUUAAACUUAUUCAUAUGCUUAGUCUCUAGAUACUUCAGACAAUAUGACUUGGCCGACUGAAAACAGCUGAAGAAGGUUGUGUGACUCAAUGAUUUAAACAAGGUAUUUUAGGAUUUAAUAAAAAAACAAAUUUUA